AUGCGGCGCCUCUGGCCACUCUCGUCAGACACACUCUCUCUAUCAGGCGGAUCUCGAGCUCUCUGGGACCGCUCGCCGCCUCUCUCCGUCUUCCUCCGGCAGGCUUCGCAGGCGCUCUUCACCGGCGGGGACGACCGCUCGGCCCCGCCCAUGGCCGGCGCCGACGGGGCUGAAGCCGCCAUCCGGCGAGCCCUUGCCGAGAAGCAGGCCGCCGUGGACAGCCAGGCGGAGGCAGUGAGGGAGGCCAAAUCCCGUUUCGGGAUCUCCCACGCGGAGGUCGACGCCGCCGUGGAGACGUUGAAGGUGUUGAAGGUCGAGCACGGGGCCGUCGCUAGGCAGCUCCAGUCGGCGUUGAACGGCGGGGGGAAUGGAGCGCGCGGCAGGGAGGAGUUCCGGCAGACGGUAGUGAACACGCUGGAGAGGAGGAUGUUCUACACGCCAUCUUUCAAGAUCUACGGGGGGGUCGCCGGUCUCUAUGAUUACGGCCCCAAUGGAUGCGCCAUUAAGAAUAAUGUUCUCUCCUUCUGGCGCCAGGUAAAUGCCGUCGCCAUCUAACCUGGAGAAUUCUGUUUCGGACUUGGAUCUGGCUUUCUUUUUUAGCAUGUAAUGAUCGCAAUCAAAAUCGUUUUCGAACUGUUUGCUUGCUGUGUUUCUUUUAGCAUUUUGUGCUGGAGGAGAACAUGCUGGAGGUGGAUUGCCCCUGCGUCACGCCGGAGGUGGUGUUGCAAGCGUCUGGACAUGUGGAAAAGUUCACCGAUCUGAUGGUGAAGGACGAGAAGACGGGCGCGUGCCACCGGGCGGACCACUUGCUCAAGGACUUCUGCAAGGAGAAGCUCGAGAAAGGCGUCACGUUGUCACCGGAGAAGGCGGCGGAGCUCAGGCAUGUGAUUGCCGUCUUGGACGAUCUCUCUGCCCAGGAACUGGGUGCCAAGAUUAAGGAGUAUGGGAUUACUGCCCCUGAUACGAAGAACCCCCUCUCGGACCCAUAUCCGUUCAACCUCAUGUUUCAGACUUCCAUUGGUCCGGCAGGACAUUGUCCAGGGUGAGGAAGCUCUAUUUUGAUUCAUAAUCACUAUUGUGUUCAAUGAUCGGUGCUGACGGUUGGUGAACCUUCUAUUACUUGAUUCGAUGCCUGAUAGGUACAUGAGGCCAGAGACGGCCCAAGGGAUAUUUGUCAACUUUAAGGAUCUGUAUUAUUACAAUGGAAACAGACUUCCUUUUGCGGCCGCUCAGAUUGGGCAGGCUUUCAGAAAUGAGGUUUGAUAAAUGCUUUCCCUCUCUCCCUUUUAUUUUUUCCCCAUUGUUUAAAUACGUGCAGAAUGUUGGCAUUUUAUGUUUCUUGUAGGCCAUAUAAAGCGUGACGUAAUGUGUGAAAGUUUCACAGAGGGUAACUCUAUGAACUAAUGCUUUCUUGGUGGGAUAACAUUCAUUGGUAACCGUACUAUAUUUCGCUGUGCAUUUUGGUAGUACGUUUUCAUACACCUGGGAUAUUUUCAGUACCAGAAACUCUGGGAAAUUGAUGUAUUCGAACACUCUCCAGCAUUGAACUGUUUGAAAAUAUGAUCUCAUGUAAACGAGGUGUGAAGCACUGUAAUUUUUAGGUGAUUACAUUAUAAAAAUGGCAUAGGUACACAUGAUAUGAGGCAGGUAUGAUGAAUAGAAAGGAAAGUGCAGUACACAGAGCGAAUAGCUGGAAAUUACGCGAUUAUGCAAUUAGGAAUCUGCGCUACUUGGUAAUCAAUGAGGCAUAGGUUAAGGGUGGGGGGAGUGACAGCAGUGGCUUUUAGACUGCACAUUAGUGACUAGUUAUAAAACCCUUUGGUAGAUUAUUCUCCCAGAAAAAAAUAUUGUACUGCCGGUUGGAUGCAGUCUAGUCACGCAGUCUAUCCUGCAUAUGCAUAGAUUAUCCACCCCAUCUAUUGUGACUCUGUUUAACAUACUUUGCCAUCAAUAUUUUACCACCAAGUUUUUAGAUAUUUUACUGCAGUCUCGUAAAUAGUCCAAUUUUUUCUUUGCUUUCUUUGGAGAUAGAUUUCUCCCAGACAAGGGCUUCUUAGAGUUCGUGAAUUCACACUUGCUGAGAUUGAGCAUUUUGUUGAUCCUGAGGAUAAGUCUCACGCAAAGUUUUCUGAGGUAUCAGAAUUGGAAUUCUUGAUGUUCCCAAAGGAGGAUCAACUGACAGGGAAAUCAGCCAAGAAAAUAAUUCUUGGUAAAGCAGUAUCUGAGGUACUCUAUCUGCAAUUCCCGUUUUUCUUUUGAAAUGGUUACAAGUACUCGGGUAUCUGGUUUUUCUUGCACAUCCCAAUUAUUUUGUUUUUAUGUUCCAUCAUGGACAUUUCCUUGUCAACAGGGAACUGUGAAUAAUGAGACACUCGGGUACUUUAUUGGGAGGGUCUACUUGUUCUUAACACAACUUGGAAUUAACAAGGAUAGACUAAGAUUCCGGCAGCAUCUGCCAAAUGAGAUGGCUCACUAUGCUGCAGAUUGUUGGGAUGCCGAGAUAGAAUGCUCAUUUGGCUGGAUCGAGUGUGUUGGGAUUGCAGAUAGAUCUGCUUAUGACCUACGUGCCCACACGGUAAUUUCUUUGACUAUCUCAUAAUGGUACUGUUUGCUAGAAACUUUUGGUAAAGAAGUUACCUUUAUUAUUUUCUUCCCAUCGUGUUAUGAGUUGUGUCGUUCCAGUAAAUAGUAGUGAGAACAUACCUUCAGGGAUGAAACCAUUACGCUUCACUUGUGUCUUAAAUCAUUUUUACUUCCUGGAACACUGAAUUUGAGCACUUAUCUUUCUUCUUUUUUGCAUAUGGAGACAUGGAACACUAUGAUUAGAAGGUGAAAUCACAGUAAAACGGUCUUUCCGCUCAAUAAGGCCAUCCAACCAAAAGGGAAAACAACCCAGUACAGAUCCGCAAAUCUGGCACAUAGGUACAUAAGACAAGUCCCCUUAUAGUAAAUCACUCAAUUUAAAGCCAGUGGCUAAGAGGAGCCUGUGAAGACGCCUGCGAUUUCGAUCCAUCAUAGUAAUCUCCAAUUCUGGAGCCAAUUCGGGCGAGGUCUUAAUAAUUUGGAUGACUGGCCGGAAUGAAGCUUAUAAUUUUCUGCUGUCCUGCACAUUUUUCUUAGAUCAUGGCAGAUCAGGCGAGGGCUUUGAAUUAUCUAUACCUUGUUUGUUGUAGCUGACAGGAUGAAGAUCUUGCCAUCGUUUUUAAAAGCCAACUGUAUUUUCGUCCUCAACCUACCCACUUGAUUCUCAGAGAUUAAAUGAGAGUCAUCCGAGGUAAACUGUUCACACCACAACAUAUGAAGAGACGAUCUACGAGCUUAGGCUGCAUCCUGUGAAGAAUACAAAGCCUACUUUAUGUGAAGAAAUAGAUCUCUACUCAUGCCGGCUCUUUGUAGUUUACCUUGGGCAAACUUUUGCAGGAAUAACCUGUUUGGACUUUUAAACCCGUGUUGACUAUCUAACGGACUCUAAAUCCCUACUUUUGCAAUACUGAUGCCUAUCCGCAGAAACAGGGUUUUUUGUUUUACACAAAUGAAUGAUACCACCAUUUAUCUCAUUUACAGAGAUGGCAGUUGGGUGGGGAGAAUAUUGAUCAUCUUUGACGUUGUGUUCUGUCUUUUGCUUGUUUUGUUUAUAUGAUAUUUUUUUUUCAUACUUAAAAAGUGAUCUAAAGCUUUGAUUUGCUAGUAGCAUCACGCCCUUUACCAAUGCGUUUGAUGUGCAUUUCUGUCAUCUCCAGGAGAAAAGCGGUGUCCAUCUGGUUGCUCAUGAAAAGUUUCCAGAGCCUAGAGAGGUGGAGGUAAGUUCGUAUAGAUAAUGUUUUUGUGAAGCCAUUUUUCCCUCCAAAAUAACCUUUAGUUUUUUGCUCAAUAAAGGUUAGGGAGGUAGGGAAUCAGUUAUGAUUUUAUAAAAUUCUUUUGUACAUCUAUUAAGAAAGGGGGUGUUCCUUCCACGAAGGUCAGAGGAUUGAACUGAUUCGUUUGAUUUCUGAAGAUGCUUAUUUCUUGGAGAACCCCCACAUUGCAAUUAUAAUCCAAACAAACCCAGAAAACCAUUGAACUAUAAUGUCUCCUUCCAUAGAAAGUAACUUGUGUCGUAGAGUAGGGUGUGCUCCAGCAACAAACCCUACGAUGUUCCUCUGCCCUAGGAUGCCCUUUCCCAUGUAACUCAAAAAGAGGAGACGAAAAAAGGGCACGGACCUGGCAUUCACGCAGCAGUAACUGUUACUCCCUUUGACUCUGUCGGUUUUUCUCCCUGUACUCGAGCGCCCAGAACGACGAGAUCCUCCUGGUAUAUGAUACUAAUGUGAGUACUAAUGUGAGCAAAACCUAGGCUACGGCAGGAGGCAGGAAGCGUACCCUAGAUUCUCUAUAAGCUAGUGACUACAAACCAGGCUCUGAUACCAUGUCGUGAACAGUGGUGCAAACUGUAGGAGAAUAUGCAUGGGAAAAACUCUCCUCAUUUCGUAUCAUACAUGACUGUAUUAUACUAGGAAACUGCCUAAAAACUAAGAGACUAAAAAAAUAGGAAUGGAAUCAAAGACUAGGAAACGGUCUAAUUAAGAGCCAAACUCUUAAAUAUACGUUCUUUCCCAUGCCUUUUCUUCCCAGUAAGUUCCUAGAUGAUUUGUAAUGUCUCCUUCCAUAAGAAGUAGCUUGCGCUCCAUAGAAAGUCCACAAUUCCCAGAAGUAGCCUGGCCUCCGUAGGAAGUCCACAAUUCCCAUUCACGUUUUAUCUGUAAUGUCUCCUUCCAAGAAGGGGACUAAAAAGGAUUUUUGCAGACUUUCUAUGGGGCACAAUUAAUAUGGGAAGAGAAGAUACUUGGUAUCCUGGGACCAACUUACCAACCCCACGGAGGAAGGUGGGCCUUUGGGAUUCGUUUCUUAUCUGAUUUUUGCUCAGCACUCAAUAGCUAAUGGAAAAAAAAUACUACUUGCUAAACAUGAGAUUUGUUCUGUGAUCCGUUGUUGUUUGGAUCUUUGACUGGUUCCAAGUUCCUAAACUCUAAGCUGUUGGUGAACUCUUUGAAUCCACUGAGCAACAGAACAACUGUUCCAUUAACGUUGUUGUUGAUGAACUCUCCCCAUAUCCCUCUCUUUGUGUAAGCCUUCCUAAAAAGUUUGAGCUUGAGUGCCCAUAGAAAGUCCGACAAAAUCUGUCUCAGUGUCCUUACUAGAAGUAGACAUUAAAGUAAGUUUCUAGAUGAUUUCCUUUACCUGCAAAUUUGAGCUGCCGGACUUGAGGAAACCCCGAUUUAUGGAUUGGAAGGGGAGGUGCGGGGUUCCUCAGUUCUGCAUCGUAGACCUACGAAUUCCAAGGGCUCUAAUCCAGUACCUUAGGAAUCCAUGUGGUCCUGAAUAUUAAGCACUUUCUAUGAGCAAUGAGCAAUGGGCCUUUCACUGCGUAACAAGGCGACCUGAGUUUCUUUUAAACAGAUUUUAUCAUGUUCUUUAAUUUAUCUCUGUUAAGUUGAAUAAAAAAAUUAUUCUUUCUUGGAAAUUGUUGUUUUCAGAAGCUGGUUGUUGUCCCAUCAAAGAAAGAGCUUGGCCUCGCAUUCAAGGGUAACCAGAAGAUGGUGGUACAGGCGCUCGAGGUAUGCUCACCAUUAUCUUAAGCUUGCUUGACGGAUCUACCAGUUCUGAACUGGAGAUAAGUGCCUUGAAUGGGGGAAGGCGAAAAGAUGGAUCAGAUCAUGGCUCUGCUCUAUCCGGACGUCCAAACGUGAAUAGAUGUAGAAAAUAAUAGGUAUCUUUUUCCAUCAUUUGGAUAACAUAUGUAGAGCGAACCCCCCCCCCCCCCCCGAUUUGGCAAUUAGGGCAGAAUUGGACCAAUCGAAAGGGGAUCAUCUCUCAUGAAAUGAUCUUAUGCGUAGUAGUAGUCUACUGAAAGAAGAGGUAUUGUUUAUGGGUCAACUUUGCCAUUAUUUACUUGGUCUUAUCUGAAACAGGCAAUGAGUGAAGCCGAGGCCCUGGAGAUGAAAGCCGGGCUGGAAUCCAAAGGGGAGGUCGAAUUCCAGGUCUGCACCCUCGGCAAGGCCGUCACCUUGAAGAAGAGCAUGGUCUCAAUCAGCCGGGAGAAGAAGAAGGAACACCAGAGGGAGUUCACUCCUUCAGUGAUCGAGCCCUCCUUUGGCAUUGGACGGAUAAUAUACUGCCUCUACGAGCACUCCUUCUACACAAGACCGAGCAAGGUGGACAACGAGCUGCUGAACGUGUUCGGCUUCUCGGCCCUUGUGGCGCCUAAGAAAUGCACCGUCCUCCCUCUGGUCAAGACCGACGCCUUUGACCGAGUUGCCAAGGCCAUCUCACGCGACCUCACAAAAGCAGGCAUAUCGAAUAUCAUCGACAUCACAGGUAUGGCUGCUGACUCCCACCGAGGUAGAGACUGUGGAGCCCAGAAUAUUUCUGAUUUCACCGAGUAUGGCUGUUUGGCACCUUCCAGUCCCGGAAUUCAUCCUGGAUAUAUAUAUAUAUAUAUAUGGUUUUUAUUUUUUAUUUUUUUUGAGUUCGAGCUUGGAAAAAUUGGCUUUUGGGUCAUCUAGGAAAAGAAAACAAGCUAAGCCCAGAUACGUCAAUUGGAAAGCCCUUUUUUUUUUAUCUGCAUCGACUAUGGCUGUUGGGCACCUUCCAGGCCCAGAAUUCAUCCUGGAUUUAUUUAUUUAUUUAUUUAUUUCUAGCUUGGAAAAAAAUUCAAGCUGAGCGCAGGUACUUCAGUUGGCUAGCCCAGAAGUUUCUUGAUUGCACCUACUAAGGCUGUUAGGCAUCUUGAUUGCAGGUACGUCAAUUGGGAAACGAUAUGCAAGAACAGAUGAGAUUGGCGUCCCAUUUGCCAUCACGGUGGACUCCACAACGUCUGUAACGAUCCGCGAGAGGGACUCCCGACAGCAGAUCCGUGUCGAUGCUGCUGAGGCGGCGCUCGUCGUGAAGGAGCUCGCCGACGGCCAGAGCACCUGGGCCGAUGUCAUGUGGAGGUAUCCCACCCACACCACUCCCAUCGCAGACGACGAGUAG